GAGGAGGAGGAGGAGGGACACGCAGGGAUCGGAUGUAGCAGCAGGAGCAGGGUGGAGGAGGAGGAUGCCCACGAUAAUGUCCCCGCUUUCUUCCCGCUCGCUGCUCUCCCUGUCAUGAUGCACGCUGCCGGGGCGGUGGUCCGCAGGAUGCCGGCGGCGGCCCGGCGGAGCGGCUGCUGGGUGGCGGGCUGCCAGGCGGUCCUGCUCGGCGUGUCGGCGCUGGUGAUCGUGGCCGAACGGACCGCUCUGUUCUACUGUAUAGGGUUCUACCUUUGGAACGAGGAGACGCAGUGGGCGGGCCUCACUCUGGGCCUCUUUCUACCGGGGACGGCGGUCCAGCUCCUCAGUAUGAAAUGGUACUACGAUGAUGGUGAUGACAGGCGAUGCUAUCUCUCUGUUAUACACAUUCUGCACCUGGGCAUCUUCAAAAGGUUGUGGGACUGCAUGAGGUCCGUGUUGCGCAUGCAGGGCUCGGUGGCCGAGCUGGGAGCUGCCGUCAUGCAGCAGGCGGACGUGGCUGCUCUGUGGCUCCUGGAGGCCCUGGUCCUCACGCUGCCUCAGAGCCUGCUGCAGGCGUAUGUGGUGGUGUCCACGGAUGUAGGCGUCAUGUCCCCAGUGGCCUAUUGCUGUGGCCUGUGCGUGCUGUCUAUUUCCUGGGCCCUGGUGCUGUACAGCAGAGCCUGCUGUCUGAUACGGCCGGGCCACCUGGCCAUGCCUCCGGCGGCCCUGCUGUGCCAGCUGGUGUGGAGGGCAGGCAUGCUGGCUGCAAGGGUGACUUGCCUCAUGUUCUUUGCCAGAGUCUUUAACUGGUGGGUCUGUGGAGUGGCAGGUUUCCACUGGCUCACGGCCUCCUUCUGGCUGGUAUCACAGCAACCAGACAUCUGCACCGGCCCCUGGUGUUGGCGUGCCUUUAAUGGCGUCAUGGGGCUCGUCCACGUCUUCCUCUUCCUCAACGUCAAAGAUGGACCUUCGCGUUACCGCAUGGCCAGUUUUUAUGCAUUCAUGUUCAUAGAGAACGCCACUCUGCUGCUGGCCGCCUCCGACUUCCUCAGCGAAGCAUCAUGGGACAGCGUCACCCUGCCCACCACGGUGCUGUGUAGCUUUCUCCUUGGCGCUACCUCUCUGGUCCUCUACUACCGCUUCCUGCACCCCAAGUCCACCGAGAUCUCCCAGGGCACCAACCACAACCACAUGGGCAGCACCUGUAUAGAACGAGGGGAGUCCUCCUUCUCUUUCGGGGACAAAAGCCUGCCAGCUGCCUCCAUCCAGAACCACGGCAGCUUCUCCCUCUCAGGCGUGGCCGGUUCUCUGCUGGAGCACCCAGGAACCUGCGGGGGCCGGGCUAACAGCUCCUGCCCCUGCUAUCACCACCACUGGCUCCUAAUCCGCUUGGCUCUGAAAACAGGAGACCUGGGGAAGAUCAACCGGGCGUACGGGGCCGGAGGAGCAGCAGCUAUCCUGGACCUGGAGGAGUACAACCAAGAGUUUAAGAGUCAAGAGGGCUUGACUAUCACAGCAGGAGGCAGCUGCGAGGGGGUCUCCACUUCAGAGUCUCAGGGGAAAGGCCUGGCUCCUCUCUCGGACUGCAAGGACGAGUUCCAGAGUGUGAGCGAGCCCACGUCGACGGAGCAGCCCGAAGAAGAGGACGACAGUCUGGAGAUGGAGAGCCCCAUGGAGUCACCCACAUCCGACUUCAAACGGAGUUCACCGGAGGGCAAGUCUGUGUUUGGAGACAGUCCGGAGCCGUACUUCUGCCCCACGGAGUCAAGUUCCACCUUAUAUUUCAGCGCAGAUCCUCAGUCUCCCAGCAGUGCCAGUAACCCCCGUUUGGACCGGGACAUGGGGGGUCUGGAGCAGGGGGUCCGCCUCAACUCAAUCCCCAGCGAUCCAGCCCUCCACAGAGAUAUCCGUGGGCUCAUGGGCCGGGUCGGCCCACGCUGUACUUCCACUCCUAAACUGGACUCUGGAGUGCUGGACUCCCCAUCAAGUGUCCCUCAUCUCACAGGUCCCAGGAGGCAGCUGAUCAUGUCCCGGAGAGAUGAAGAGGAUAACUUCUAAGUUUAUCAGGAAAAGAGCAACAGCAAGUUAUCCAACAUUACAGAAGUACACCAGCUUUUUGGAAGGCUGCUUUUCCAUCUGCUCAGAGCUGCAGGAUGAGAAUUCACCUCUUAUUACACUGUGGGGGCACAGCAUAUGCAGCAAUUUUGGUAUAAUGCUUAGCUAGCCUAUAUUCUUCUCAAAUCAUAACUAUUUUCUAAAAGCAUUGCUUUGCCCAAGGCACACAGAGG